AUGGAAAACCAGGCCACCCACAGCAGGCAUCUCGGCCGCAGCGUCUCACAGCCCGAGCCGCGUCCGAGCCCCAGCGUACAUCACAGUCGUCGAUUUGACGGUGCGAGCGACACUUUCCCUCCCGCCCAAAUAUCCCUCCCUCUAACUCGUGCAGAAUCGUGGGUCGAACUUUCUUCCCAGCCGUCGUCCUCGUCCCUCUCGAGCGUCGAUAAUGAAAUCGUCACCACCGGACUCCAGGUUGGCAGCCCCUUCCAGCGACGCCGCCGGCUGCACCCCACCGCGCGUUCCCUCUCCCACCAGCAGCCGACGGUCCUCCGUGUCGCCAGCGCCAGCAGCCACGAGGAGGAGGAGGAAGAAGACGAAAGCGACAGUGAUGAGGACCGCGUCAUGACGAGCUCCGCUGAAAACAUCCACUCCUCCGAAAAAGACGCCUCGGACGGCUCCGACGACGAGUCCGACGACGACGACGGUGACAACGCCACCACACUCGGGCGAGCCUCCGAUGCCCCCGUCUUCCGCCCUCACCCCAACGCCUUCAGCCACCCUCCCGCCGGCCCGGCUCAGCGCCGCUACUCGACCAGCUCGGCUGAGCACCCCCACCCGCACAGCUCCUUCCGCCGCUCCUCGUACCCACACCGGCAGCCCCGCGGCCACCGCGGCACGCCCAACUUCAUGUCUCCUUCAGUCCGCGAAGACAACGACGCUGCGCUGCGGGCGUCCCUCACGACUCUACUCUCCUGUGCCGCCGCAGCCCGAGGCCUGCCCAAGAACAAGGAAGAGACGGACGCCCAGCGCACUGUCCGGACAGGCGUUACGCCUAACAACCAGCCCAUGGAGUUACGGUUCAUCCCCGAGUCGGCGCUCACCGGCGAAGAUAAGCAAAAUGAAGCCGAGGCCGGUCCGUCCACUGCCCGCCGCCAGCACCCGUCAUCCGGUACCGUAUCGCCCAAGUCGAAGCGGUCCGAGUCAGCCGGCCGUGGACCGCGACCAGCGAAGAAGAAGCGAACGGGGGCGUCGACGACAGGUGCUGAUGCCGAGUACGCGCUGAUUUCCCCCACGCUGCUCAGCUGGGUUGUCAGCGCCGGCGUCGUCGUCCUCGUAUCUGUGGUUGGGUUUGGCGCCGGCUACGUCAUCGGCCGCGAGGUCGGCCGCGAGGAGGCGCGCGGGGUCUUGGCUGCCAGCGUCAGCAGCGGCGGCGUCAACGAUACCACGGCAGCCGGUGGCGACGUCAUCCGCUCCUCGGUCGGACUGCGUAAGCUGCGCUGGAGCGCUGUCGGCAGGAGCAUCGUCGCUCAGGCUUAG